GGACCAAAGUGCGUUAAAUGAGGGCUUACUUUCUCUCUGUUUCUCUAUAGAACAAGAUCAUAAAUAUACACAAAUAUACACACACAUAUAUAUAUGAUAUAUAUACACACGUGUAUAUAUAUAUAUAUAUAAUUUAGAGAAAUUUCUUCUUCGAUCUGUAAGUUAAUAAUUAUUUCAUGCAUCAAUUUUCUGUUUGUUUUUUUUCUAUAAAACUCUGAUGCUUUAAAUUGAAAUCAAAUCAAACAAUUUCCCAAUUUCCCAAUUUUGGGAUUUGAUUUGAUCCAAUAAAAACCCUAGAUCUUUCCAGUUUUGUGAUUAAUUCAAUUAAUUGAAGUUUUGAGGUUGGAUCUGGUACUUAAUUAGCUCAAUUUUGAAGUUUUGAUUUGGAGUUUAGUCAAUUUUGUUAGAAAUUAGGUUUAGGGUUAGGGAUUUUAAUUGAGUUAAUUAGUUUAGAUGGCUUCAAAUCCUCCAUUUUUAGUGGAGGAUCAGACAGAUGAGGAUUUCUUCGAUAAAUUGGUCAAUGAUGAUGAUGAUGAUGAUGUUGGAGUUAAAGUAACUACAUUGUCAAAAACGGGCUCGGGGGGCGCGAGCGCGAGUCCGGUGUUUAUUGAUGGGAAUGAAUCUGAUGAUGUUAAAGUUUUUGCUAAUUUCAGUAUCAGUGAUGAUGCUAAUACUGGAGUUGAUGGUGUAAGUGGUGAUGGUAUGAAGGAAGGGGAGAAAGUAGAUAAAGAUGUUAAUUGCAAUGCUAAAACAGCGUUGGUAGUUGAGGGAAAUGAAGAGAGUAGUGGUUCUUUAGUGUCAUUGACUUCUGGGGGGUCAGAUGGUAAUUUGGAGACUGAGGUAAAUGUUGUUAAGACAGAGAAUCACACCAGUGGAUCAGGCAAUUCAGGUGUGAAGGAAGUAGGAUGGAGCGCUUUUCAUGCUGAUCCUGUUACAAAUGAUGCUUCUGGGUUUGGAUCCUAUGUGGACUUUUUCAGUGAAUUGGGGGAUAAUAACGGUGAUGCAACGGGUAAUGUUGGGGAGAAUGUGAAUAAGGGGUCAACUGUUUUGCCAGUGGUACAGGUUCACGAGACAAAACAAGUUCAUGAAACAGGAUUCUUGGAGAAUAAUACUAUUUCUUUAAUACAGGGUCAAGAUAGUUAUGCACAUGAUGCUACCACAGAACAAGUUGCAGAUGGACAGGAUGUAAAUAGUAUUCAGUAUUGGGAAAAUCUUUAUCCCGGAUGGAAGUAUGAUGCAAGUACCGGGCAGUGGUAUCAGGUGGAAAGUUAUGAAUCAGGAGCUAAUGUACAAGGAAAUACUGAUUCUAAUGUGGUUUCUGAUUGGUCAGUUUCUGAUGGAACGCCAGAGAUCUCAUACCUACAAAAAACUGCUCAGUUUGUUUCUGGUAAUGUGGCUGAGGCUGGUACGACUGAAAGUGUCACUAAUUGGAAUCAGGUUUCACAGGUAAAUGAUGCUACUGAGAAUGUGGCAAACUGGAAUCAUGACAAUACAGGGGCUGUGACUGACUGGAAUCAGGCCUCACAACUUAACAAUGGGUAUCCACCAAAUAUGGUUUUUGAUCCUCAGUACCCUGGUUGGUAUUAUGAUAUAAUUGCACUUGAAUGGCGUUCUCUGGAGAGCUACACAUUGUCUGCUCAAUCAACUGUUCAAGCUGAGAGUCAGCUGGAUCAGAAUGGUUCUUCACAACAGACUUCCUCUCACAAUCAUGAUCAAAGGAAUUACGGUGCAUACGGGCAUGAGAGCCAGCUGGAUCAGAAUGGUUUGGCUUCUCAGCAGACUUUCUCUAACAACAACGAUCAGAUGAAUUAUGGUGCAUACAGGCACAAUGACAAUAGUAGGUUCCAAGGGUUUAGCAGUGGCGGAGGAGAUAACAACUGGUCUGGCUCUUUUGGUAAUUACAAUCAGCAUAGCUCAAAUAUGUCGCAAAAUGAAAAUGUUGCAAUGAGUAAUCCUAUUCCAGAAUAUAGGGGGAACCAGCAAUUAGAGAACCACCAUAGGCAAGACUUCUCUGCAAGCAGCCAUGUUAAUAGGCUCUCUAAUCAUUAUGAGGGAACAGUUCCAUCCAAUGCAAAAGCAAUUCAAAGUCAAAAUGACCAACACUUAUUCUCUGGUGGGGGUUUCAGUCAGCAGUUUAGUGAGCCAACAUUUCAGCAACAUGAGCAGAAGCAUGCCUCAAGUGAUUAUUAUGGGGCUCAAACCACAGCCAAUUAUUCCCAGCAAGCAUUUCAGAGCAGCCAGCAGUUUGCUCAUGCUCCCACUGCAGGAAGAUCAUCUGCUGGCCGUCCAGCCCAUGCUUUGGUCACUUUUGGUUUUGGUGGAAAACUGAUUGUGAUGAAAGAUCAUAGUUCUUUUGGAAGUCAGUCUUGGUGGGUAAAGAAUCCUGUAGGAGGUUCAAUAUCUGUGCUCAAUUUGAUGGAUGUUGUCUCUGAGAGAGUUGACAGUUCAAGCCUUGCGAUGGGGGCAUGUGACUAUACCCGAGCUCUGUGCCAGCAAUCAUUCCCUGGUCCACUAGUUGGUGGAAGUCCCAGUAUCAAGGAGUUGAAUAGAUGGAUUGAUGAGAGGAUUGCAAACUCUGAAUCUCCUGACAUGGAUUAUCAGAAAGGCGAAGUUUUGAGGUUGCUUCUAUCAUUGCUAAAAAUAGCAUGUCAAUAUUAUGGGAAACUUCGUUCUCCUUUUGGUACUGAGGCUGUGUUGAAGGAAAGUGAUGUUCCAGAAACAGCGGUAGCCAGGUUGUUUGCAUCCGUGAAGAGGAAUGGGAUGCAACUCAAUCAAUAUGGCACUAUUGCCCAGUGCUUGCAGCAAUUGCCUUCUGAAGGACAGAUGCGGGCUUCUGCUUCUGAGGUUCAAAGUCUUCUAGUAUCUGGAAGAAAGAAAGAAGCAUUACAAUGUGCACAAGAGGGGCAGUUGUGGGGACCAGCUCUUGUCCUCGCUGCACAACUUGGUGAUCAGUUCUAUGUAGAAACAGUGAAGCAAAUGGCACUUCGACAGUUAGUAGCAGGGUCACCUUUGCGGACAUUGUGCCUACUAAUUGCAGGUCAACCGGCUGAUGUCUUUUCUGUAGAUUCUACAGCUCAAGGUGGGAUGCCUGUUGUAAAUGCGGUUCAACAGCCUGCACAGUUUGGUGCUAAUAUCAUGCUGGAUGACUGGGAAGAGAAUUUGGCUGUGAUUACUGCAAAUAGAACGAAGGAUGACGAACUGGUGCUUAUUCAUCUUGGCGAUUGUUUGUGGAAAGAGAGGAGUGAUAUUGUUGCUGCACACAUUUGCUAUCUAGUGGCUGAAGCAAACUUUGAACAAUAUUCAGAUACCGCAAGAUUGUGUCUUGUGGGUGCAGAUCACUUGAAAUUCCCCCGAACAUAUGCUAGUCCAGAGGCUAUUCAGAGAACAGAGAUUUAUGAAUACUCAAAGGUGCUGGGAAAUUCUCAAUUUAUUCUCCUUCCUUUUCAACCAUAUAAACUUGUGUAUGCACACAUGUUGGCUGAAGUUGGGAGGAUAUCCGACGCAUUAAAGUACUGUCAAGCAUUGUCAAAAUCACUUAAAACUGGCCGAACCCCUGAGACUGAAACAUUGAGACAGUUGGUUUCUUCUCUUGAGGAAAGGAUUAAAACUCACCAACAGGGAGGUUUCUCCACAAAUUUGGCUCCAGCGAAAUUGGUUGGUAAGCUGCUUAACCUUUUUGAUAGCACGGCUCAUCGUGUUGUUGGGGGCUUACCACCACCGAUGCCAACGAGUGGCAGUUCACAAGGGAAUGAACAUCAUCAGCAGUUUGCGGCGCCUAGAGUCUCGAGUAGUCAAUCAACCAUGGCAAUGUCAUCACUGAUCCCCUCAGAGCCAAUAGGUGAAUGGGCAGCUGAUAACAAUCGAAUGGCAAUGCACAAUAGAAGUGUGUCAGAGCCUGACAUUGGAAGAACUCCAAGACAGGUUGACUCAUCAAAGGAACGAAGCUCAAGUAAUAUAGCAAGCAAUGCAUCAGGAGCUGGAGUGACAUCACGCUUUCGCCGCUUUAAUUUUGGCUCCCAGCUUCUCCAGAAAACUGUUGGAUUAGUCCUCAAACCCCUGAGCAGUCAAGGCCGUCAGGCAAAAUUGGGUGAUACAAAUAAAUUUUAUUAUGACGAAAAACUUAAAAGAUGGGUGGAGGAAGGGGCUGAACUUCCUGCUGCGGAACCGCCCCUUGCACCUCCUCCAACUGCUGCUGUUUUUCAGAAUGGAGCACCAGAUUAUAAUGUAAAGAGUGUAUUAAAAAGUGAAAGUUCUAUAUGCAACAAUGGAUUUCCUGAAAUGAAGAGUCCCACUUCUGCUGAUAAUGGUGCGGGAAUCCCACCUCUUCCUCCUACCUCCAACCAAUUCGCAGCUCGUGGUCGUAUGGGUGUUCGGUCAAGGUACGUUGACACAUUCAACAAAGGUGGUGGUAACCCAACAAAUCUAUUCCAGCCGCCUUCUGUUCCUUCCAUAAAGCCUGCUACCGCUGGCAAUGCUAAGUUUUUUGUUCCCACCCCAAUGUCCCCUGUUGAAGAGACAGGGAACAGUACUUCAAAUGAGCAAGAAACUUCAAGUCAUAGCGAGAAUGAUUCAAACACUGCUGUUAAUGGAUCAUUCGAUAUUCCUGCACCAACAUCUAGCGGCCCACCUAUGCAAAGAUUUGCAAGCAUGGACAACCUCUCCAAUAAAGGAGCUGGCACUGGCUCUCUAUCAGCUUACUCCCGGAGAACCGCAUCAUGGAGCGGAAGCUUUCCGAAUGCGUACUCCCCAAAUAAAUCUGAAUCAAAACUACCGGGCAGUCGAUUGAGUAUGCCUCCGUCGUCAUUCAUGCCUAGUGAUGCUAGUUCGAUGCAUUCCUCAACGAAUGGCGGGAGUUUCAGUGAUGACCUUCAUGAAGUAGACCUGUGACGCAACAAGAUGUAUAUACUAAGUUUUGCUUGUCAUCGGGGUAUCCUGCUCGGAAUCUCUUCACUUUUGUUGGUAAGCAGUGAAGUGUGUGGUCAAUGAAGCUGGAAAACAUUUUCCUCACACCAGAAUAUACCUUUUUUCUCCUCUUUUUAUUUACCUACUUUUUUGUAAGAUCAGUUGUAUGUUGAAAGCAAUUGCUUAUUUAGCUGUUUACCUGUAGGAUUAUAGGUUUUUAUUUCUUGUUCCUUUUCUCUCUCUUAACACCUGCUGUUUCAGAGACUUAUUAUAACACAAGGAAAGUGGCCUGAGAAACAUUGUACAGUUGAUUUAUUCAUUUAUUGAGGAAAAAUGAACUCUCAUUUGAUAAAUUUUGAAUUGAAGUACAUCUCUAUGGUAGAGACUGAAACAAAUUAAUAAAAUAAUGUUACCUUUGUUUCUCA